AUGCGUUUGUUGCAGCACUGGGGAGCAAUAAGCCAAGUGGCUUUGUUGGCCGCCGCCGCAUCCUCUCAUACUGUGACAGACCCUUACGUUGCAACUCUUUGGAAUGCUUGUCCUGUGGCCUGCGAUAGCGCAAAUCCAGAAAAUUGGAGCUUCUAUCCUGACUUGAGCAUCCUCAAAUCAUGCGAUGAGCCGAUGCUACUGAACUUUGCCGUGCACAAUCCUAAGGAGAGCAUCGACACCCACCACCCACUGUACGCCUGUACUGCAUCAAAUGAGACUGAUUUUGGUCAUUCGAAUAUCCACGCUCCCAAUACAUCAACCUCGACACGUUAUUCCGUCAAAAAUGUCCAGAUGGAGACAGCUUGGCGUGGUACCGACACAACACAAUACUCCUCUCAUGCUGAGUCCAUAGCUCAACUUGUGCAGGCUCAAAUGGAGAUUCCUGAGAGAAAGAAGGCAGCAAUUGCCAUGGGAUACUUCAAUGGAGUCGCCCUUGGAGCUUUCUUCGGCUCCAAUAUGGAGAAGGGCAAGGACAAGACCUUGCUGCAAAAGUUCCUUGACAAGCUUCAUCAAGGAGAGCUGAAGAAAUCCGCUUCAAUGAUGCAGGUCUGUGACAGUGGCCGUUCAUCUGCUUACAGCCUUGGUGUUGUAUCUGAGGCGAGCAAUGACCCAGUCAAGGCUCUCGCCUCUGUACAAGAAGCCCUUGUCACAUGGAGCAAAGGUGAAUGCCUUCAUGGAUACAACGGAAGCUCCAUGUCACAGGUUUCCGUGGGCGAGAUAGUCCAAGAGUUUAACACCCCAACCAACGCCAGCAGUCAUGGCCAUGGACAUGGCAGGUUUCAUCGGCAGAGAGAGCUCGCUGGGGUUCACCGACGCGACACCUGCAGGGCCAUCCAGGUCGAAUCUGGCAACACCUGCGAGAUACUCGCAUCUAGGUGCUCGAUCGCGCCUGCGGACUUUACAAAGUACAACUCGGAUAAAGAUAUGUGCUCGUCUCUACGUCCCGGUCAACAUGUAUGCUGCUCCGCCGGUACGCUUCCUGACUACUCUCCCAAGCCAAAUGAGGAUGGAACUUGUCACGUUUACACGAUUCAAAACGAUGAUGACUGCAGUGCUAUAGCUGGCGCUAAUAGCAUUUCCACGGAUGAUAUCGACGAAUGGAACAAGAAUACAUGGGCCUGGACAGGCUGUUCCAAUCUCCAAGUUGGUGGAACAAUGUGCCUUAGCAAAGGCGAUCCACCGAUGCCGUCAAUCCUCAAAAAUGCGGUUUGUGGGCCCCAAAAGGCUGGGACCAAGAGACCGGAUGACUGGGACGACAUUUCGGACCAGAAUCCUUGCCCACUGAAUGCUUGUUGCAAUAUCUGGGGCCAAUGUGGAACCACAGACAAAUUCUGUACAGCAACGAAUUCUGUAACAACAACUAACUUCAUUCCUCAACAGUCUACGACAGGUGCACCUGGGACUGCCAAAAAGGGCACAAAUGGAUGUAUCUCCAACUGCGGGACUGACAUUGUUCAUCACGAGACCGGAUUUCCAAGUAGUUACGAUGGUGCACCAAUCGUGAUUGGUUACUAUGAGGCCUUCCAAAACACACGUUCGUGUUUGAACAUGGACGCAUCAGCUAUCGACAAGGACGUCACAGUUGGAAAAUCGUUUGCUUUGACCUGGGACCAUAUCCACUUCGCUUUCGCCGACGUUACAGAUGACUUCAAGGUUAACGUCUCAGCCGUGAAAGACGAGUUUGAUGACUUCACGAAAUACACAUCCCCAGGCAAGAGCCCGAAGGUUCUGUCCUUUGGUGGAUGGUCGUUCUCGACAGAUCUGGACUCUUACGCUAUCUUCCGGGAAGGAGUUACAGAUGCGCAGCGAUCUACUUUCGCCACAAACGUUGUGAAGUUCGCGGAUGACAAUGAUUUGGAUGGUCUGGACUUUGACUGGGAGUAUCCUGGUGCCCCCGAUAUCCCCGGAAUUCCCAAGGGCGAUUCAGAUGAUGGUGAACGAUACCUCACAUUCCUCAAAGAAGUCCGAGAGAAGCUCUCUUCGGAAAAGACCUUGUCAAUCGCUGCGCCCUCGUCCUAUUGGUACCUCAAGGGUUUCCCGAUCAAGAAGAUCUCCGAUGUGGUGGACUACAUUGUUUUCAUGACCUAUGACCUUCAUGGUCAAUGGGACUAUAACAGCACAGAUCCACUUGACGGUUGUGACGGCAGCAAUUGCCUUCGAUCCCACGUCAACUGGACAGAGACCACCAACUCUUUAUCGAUGAUCACGAAGGCUGGAGUCCCCAACAGCAAGAUCGUUGCUGGACUCGCAAGCUAUGGCCGUUCGUUCGGUAUGGACGACCCAAAAUGCCAUGGACCCGAGUGCAAGUUCACUGGCCCGGAGUCAGGUGCCAUGGCAGGGAGGUGCACCAAGACUCCUGGAUACAUUGCAAACGCGGAGAUCAACGAGUGGCUGGACGAAAACGACGAUAUCACCACCUACUACGAUAAACCGAGUCGAUCGACAAUCUCCUAUUCUUCCAAUGGUACUUGGGUAGCUUACAACACCGAGGACGAGAGAAAUGACAGAAUCACGACCUGGCACAAGGACAAGACUGUCCUCGGUACCAGUCUCUGGGCAAUCGACCUGACUGAAUUCGUCACUGAGCUUCCAAACGGCCAAGCCGUGGGUGAUCUUUCGUAUGAACCCGCCAGCUGCACAAAGUCGUUUGACAAUCUCGAUGACCUGGAGGCUGCCACUGGAAUCGACGAGCGUUGCAUGAACAUUUACUUGAUUCAAGCCAUCAAUGGCAAUCUCACUGCCUCGCUGGACAAGUACGACGAUAUCAUGAGUGAUGGUUACAAUGACGAUUUCAACUGGUACAAGAAAGCCGUUCAUCAAUCGGCCCCCGAAUCUCUGAAAAGCUUCCUGAAGAAUCACGCCGGUGAAUACUUUGAUUGUACCAGCAUCGGAAUGGACCCAACUACGCGAACCCCUCUGAAGGGUGGGAAGAAUGAGACAUCUAAAUGUCCCUCCAACCCGAAAGAUACAGGAUACGCUGAGUUCUGGUGGGAUGUCAAAGACAAAGACAAGUUCGAGACUGACAUUCUGAAGUCGGCCGGAAUUUCUUCCGAUUGGCUGGGUUAUGGUAUUGAUGGAACUCAUUGUGAGGCGGACGCAGCAGCCCAUAUGGAUCAUUGCUCAGGGAGCGUGAAUAACGGCAUGCCCUAUCUCACGCCAGGUUACACAAUCAGCAACCCAAAAGAUAUUAUCUCCGAUCAACUGCCCAAGAUCAAGACAUUCCAGGAACAGCUGGACUUUAUCAGUGCAAUUGCAGGCAAGGACGCCUACAAUGGCGAAACCAGCGAUGUUGUGGACGGUGCAUCAAUGCUUGCAUUCAUGGUAUCACAAUCCGUCACCAGCAUGAAGCAAGUGAUGAAGGUUGGCGAGGACUACAAGGAUAAUUGGAUUGAGGAGAUUGUCAUCCUGUUCGUCACAGCUCUGCUCAUGAUCAUUCCGGGUGUGGGUGAGGCCGCGGAAUCGGCAGAUAUGGUGGUACUUGCAUCCACGUUGAGGAUCAUUGGUGACGCUGGUGAUGUUGGACUGACUGCUCAUGAUAUUGUCAAUUCAGCAGACGGUGGGCCAGCUGCGAUCUUCCUGUCCUUGCUUGGUGGUAUUGGCGCCAUGGACAUUUUCAGAGCCCCUUCUUAUUUCGGGAAGGCAGCCAAAGCCAAGAAGGGGAUGACCACUGAGCAUUUCGCGACCCUGGGGCCCGAAAUCAAGGGUGGAAUGGCCCAGGUGGAUAAGUUGAAGACGAAAUGCUAUUAG